GUCACUGCGUUACCUCCGUGCUAUGUUUACAUAUGUAAAACGGCUCAUUUUCCUUAUUUUCCGUGUGUUUUUUGUGGAUUAUUGUUCGUUUAGAGGAUUUAUCGUCACUGUUAUUAUUAAUUGACGUUAUAUACGUAGUUUGUUGUUGUUAGUUCUUGUUAACUUAUUAAUAUAGUUCGUUAUUAUUGUGUUACUGUUUGUGGUAGUUUAGUGUUCAGAGACUUUAAAGCCUGUAAUAGAGUUUUAAUUUUACUCAAAAGGUUAAUCUUUAAUAAAAAAAAGAUGCCUGGUCUUCGAUGUGCAGUUUAUGGCUGCAAUAACAGUUUUGUUGAGGUAAAAGCCAAAGGGGAAGAUAUCAAAUUUUUUCCAUUUCCAAAAUCUAAUAAUUUAGUUUCACAAACAAUUUACAAGGAGUGGAUAAAUCGUUGUAAGAGGCAGGACAGUUUUAAUCCGAAUCAUAGCCGAAUAUGUUCUAUUCAUUUUACCAGUAAUGAUUUUGAGAGAGACCUGAAGAAUGAACUUUUAGGAUUACCUACAAAAAAAAUGUUAAAGAAAAUGGCUGUUCCCACGAAGCAUUUGCCACUUCAGAGUAAAAAAAUGUGUACUUCAUCCAGAGAGAAGAGACUAUUAAUCCAUGAAAAAAAAACAGUUGUGCAAGAAAUUUUAAAACAGAGCAACAUAGAAAAUAUACCUGAAACUGCAGUUCCUUCUACUUCUGAAACUAAUCUAGAGUUUAGUGUACUUCCUUCUGGUGAUAUGUCAGUGUGCUCUUCAACAUGUACAGAUUAUGAGAAAUUGUACAAAGAUCUUUCUGUGAAAUAUAAUACUCUAAUUUCAAGGUAUGCAGAAAUUAAACAUUCUAGUACAAGCAGAAUAAAAGCGUUAAAUGAUCAACUGAGAUAUUACAAAGUUAAACAGUGCCGUGCUCUGAUUACAAAAUCAAAAAAAAACAGAUCCCUCAACAGCUCUAUUAAAAAAAGUUUUAACAGAUAAUCAAAUCGCUCUACUUACAAAAAAGAAGAAGAGGGUUAAUUGGACAAGAGAGAAAAUUUCUGUAGCAUUUACAUUAUGCAAUAGGCAAUAAAUUCUACUAAAAGGAAAUCAAGUUGCACGUAUGAUUCUAAAAGAAGUAAAUUUAGAAAAUUAAAUAAGUUACUUACUGUGUAAGUUGUAUAUGUAUAUAGUUUAAUUUUUUUAAUCGUUAGUAAGUUAGUAUAAAAAACUGAUUCAAGACCGCAAAUGUAAUUUCUCCCAUUGAUUUUUGAAUACAAAUAUGCCUAUCUGUUGUAUUUCAUAUUAUUUUGUGAAUGCAAAUUGAAAUAAAACAUU